AGGUCCCGCAGUGACGUCAGACGCAACGUUGUUGCGUAUUACGUAAACGUUAUUUUGGAUGAUAGCGCGCGCAACACCAAAUACAUAAACGACAAGCAAAAGUUUGGGCUCCUCUCGAAACAGCCUGCAAUUUUUGAAUUGGCAGAGGUUUGCAUCCGGCUGAGGCACCAUGCUAGACGGCGGUCAGUUUGUGGAGGCGCUUGGUCGCCUGGGUUACCCCGGCGCGACGUCGCUCAAGGGCUCGUCGUUCGACUGGCUGUUCGACUGCGCCCCGGAGAACCUGCACUUCUUACGCUUCGUCUGCCGCACUCUCGGCAGAGCCAACGUCUUAGCGCCAGAGGAGGCUCGCGCCUUCCGUGAGCUUCAAAAGUCGGGGAAGCCCUUACUGGACGAGGCGGCUCUUGGACAGGUCCUCAAGACCGUUGGGCCCGCCGACGGGAGCAACGCGUCACAGACCUGGUUCGUGACGGGGGAGAACGACGCCAGUGUGGAGGAGCUGGAGGCCAAGCUACAGGCGCUGCAGCGGGAGAAGGUUCUGAAGCAGCGUCGCCACAGCAAGCUCCAGGUCCUGGCCACGGCCCGGGGAGACGCCGGCCUGCGGCUCUCGGCCGAGCAGGAGAGGGCGUCCGCCCUGCUGAAGGAGGGCAUGGCCGCCAUGGGGGCUGAGAACGCCAACGCCAACGCUCUUUUGGAGAACCUCACAGAGGAGGUGGGAAGGCUGGCCUCGUACCUCCCGGCUCAACCGGAAGUCCCCCCGGGAAAGAAAUCCGGGGUCGCCGUUGCUCCCACCCCCGCUGGGCCAAAGGGAGCCGCGCCCCGCCGCUUCCAGCUGAUCUCCCAGCUGUCCCUGGAUCCCUACCUGCACCAGGAGGAGCUCAACACCAAAACACUGUCCGCCUUCACCCAGAAGCAGUUCUUCAGGGGGAUCUCCGACAUGGUGGAGAACUGCUCGGACGGCUGCCGGCUGCUGGACCUCAGCUCCUGCGAUGGGAGAGAAGGGGAGGAGGAGGAGGCGGAGGAGGAGGAGGAGGAGAAGGAGAAUGAGGAGGGAGGUGGCGGCGAUGCGGUGGAGCGGCGUAGGACCGAGAUGGCCAGGCUGCAGUGGGCCUUCAUCGUGGGCCAGCAUCAGCUGCUGCAGGCCACAGCCGAGGAGCACAGCCUCAAGGCCGGGCUGGCCUGGCUCUCAGAGACAGGCUCACGGGCCAAGAGCAUGCUGGCCUCCUCGUCGCUGGCGGUGCGCGAGGCGGUGUCCCGGCGGCAGCUGCAGGCGGUGGAGGCGGAGCUGGAGGCGCUGGUCCGCGGGCGGCUGCCCGGCGUGCUGCGGGAGGCGUCCCGGCUGCUCAACGUGCCCGUGGUGAGGGGGGACCUGGCCCUGCAGCUGGCCCGCCAGGACUACUACACCUCCAGGCAGGACCAGGUGCGUGACUACCUGCUCCGCCAGAAGUCUCUGUUUGACCUGCUCCUGCUGGCCCUGGAGGUGGAGCUCAGAGGGUGGAGGACGGCGCUGAAGCAGCUGGGGGACACCCGGCACCGGCUGUCCCUGGAGAGCGAGCAGGCGGCGCUCAGGGCCGACGCCCUGGCCCAGCCAGAGCUGGUCCCCAACCCCAGGCCCAGCCCCAUCAUCAGCUGCCAGGACGCCAGCUUCAGCAGACUGCUGCAGGUCCUGGAGGGCUCCAGGUGCGGUGCGGGCCAGGGCCCAGCGGAGCCCUUCCGGACCCACGAGGCCCUGGACCAGGCGGCGCUGGACCUGUCCGCCGACCUCCAGGCGGCCCGGGAGGCGCUGGCCGGGGCGGCCCGCCAGCAGGGCUACACGGCGGCCCGUCUGCAGGGCGACUGUGAGGCGCUGCACCGCGCCACCUACACGGAGCUCCAGCAGCUGGUGCUGGAGCCGCAGGUAUGUCCCACGGCCGGGGCCGGCCAGGAGCUGCUCUGCCCCAAUGCACAGGUGGGUGUCCCUCUCACUGUCUCCCUCACUCACUCCCUCACUCACUCACUCACUCACUCACUCACUCACUCACUCACUCACUCACUCACUCACUCACUCACUCACUCACUCACUCGCUCACUUCUCUCAGGGCUGUGGCAGUGUUCUGCUUUGUACAACCCGAGGUUAGAUGGAAGGAUGGGUAAGUUGGGCUGCCAAUGCUUUGCUGGCCCGAUCCCCUACUUCAUUGUAGAUGUGUUUUUGCUGUGUUUUUUAAGUGUGGACUGCUGAAUUAUUUCUACGGUGUUCUAUGUUUCAUCCCCCGCGCUGCUUAACGGCCCAGCAGCAACUGCAGAAGCACAUUUGACAUCAGGGUUUUUAAAGUUAAGUGAGCUCCGGCCUCAGCUUGAAAUCAAACACUUUACCUGUAAAACGUGAAUUUUGGGUGGAGAGUUAGGAAGGGGGACGAGUUCUCCCCAGUUCUCUCCCUUUUCCACUUUUAAGCUUUUACAAGCCGUUGAGUACGAGUGUUAAAAGGCCUGAUUUGAUAUGAAAUGUGACAAACACUGUGUCAAAUGUGUCUGAGAAGCUUAACCCUCUCUGAUGCCACGAUCAACAUGGACCGCUCCCAAGUCGGAGCACACACAUUCUGAAACACACCGUGCGUGUCUUUACUAUAUGCAUAAUAGUUUAAUUUGAACGGUAAUGGUAAAAAAAAAUCCUUGUAAAAUGCAAAACACAGAUGAUUGGGAAAAUCCUGUUUUAAAGAAAAUUCCAAUUUAUGAGGGGAUAUUGAGUUAAAGUGGCAUUUUAAAAAACGUACCAUAAACAGCUACUUGUAGUGAGGUCUUCCAAUAAAGCAUAGUUUCUACGCCUCGUUCUUUUUAUGCUCGGUUCAUAGUGAGAUUUAUAAGGCAUUUUGAAUAAGCUAGGAAUAGCGUGACUCAACCUUUUACUCACCAUCUCUACUGACGUCAUUGCUACAGUGCAAUGCAACAUGGCGUGAGUGAACAUGUGUUAUUACAAUCAAUAUUGGGUGAGUGGGAACUGGUGGCACGGUGGAGGAAAAGGAUUACCAAGCAAUGUUUCACACCGAACAAGUUAAAUGUGUUUUCAUGUAAUGGACACCCAAUAACACACACUCGUGCCCUGGAUUUUAUGGUUUCUUGUGCUCCUUUUUUGGGGGGAUUCUCUUCUUCAAUGGCAUUAUUUAGCUCAUUUAUAAAGACACGAUGUUGGGUGUGUGAGCACUGCAUGCUGUAUGGGCAAGAGUAUAUUUGGUAACCCAUUUGCAUUGUGAGAAUUCUCCAACAUCAGGUAAUUAUUGAGAAAGCCUCAACCCCAUCAUAGAAAGAUAAUGUCUCAUUUCUCCAUACUUAUUUAUUGUAAAUGGUCUGGAACCAAGUUCAAGUUAAAAAACCCACUUUGUUAUGAGGUCUUGGACACCCAAGACCUCCGGCGUUUAGAUCCCCAAUGUCCUAGUCCUGGACCCCACCUUCGCCCUAAAGGCCUUUUUAAUCUGUCUUCAUUGUGUCACUUUGACUAAAAGUAUUUCCUAAUUCGUUAGCCUCAUAGCAUAGUUGCCUAAGUCAUAUUUUGGCCAUAUUGUGUUAUCUAACCUAACUCUACUCUCUUAACGCUGCUGAUUCACUGUGCCUCAGUGGCUAUAUCCUCAGCCAAUCAGAGUGCUUUUUACAUUCCAUAAUCACAAUCUGCCCAAGUCCUCUAUUUGACCUAGGCAUCUCUGAUGCUGAACACAAGAUGAACCUUCGAAUACGACUUUGAGGCAGUGAUGCUGCCAGGCUAACGAAAUACAAGUAAGCAUCAGAAGUCCCCCGCUGAGCUCCGGCCUUCGCCCUCUGCAGGAGCUGAGCCUCAACCUGGCGGACGCCGAGUCCCAGCUCCAGCGGCUGCAGCGGCUGAUGCAGGACAUCAUGGGCGAGGUGAGAGCCAAGCGCUCCCAGCUGGAGCGCAGCGCCGCCCUCAGGCGGGAGAGGGACCU